CAGAGCUGCACGCACCAGUCAUAACAAAUAAAGACGAGAGCAGCUACUGCGCCUGCGCACAGCCAGCCCCCGUGACCGGCCAAAACAUCAAUAGGAAAAGGAUUGCGAGUGUCAGCAAAUGUCUGAUUCACUAUUACCAGCAACCCACGCGUGUUCGCGGCAAACUUCCCAGUCAUGUGGCACCUGCUGCGUCCGGAGCCAGUGUUACCGUCUGUAGUGUCUGACGUCAGCGGCCCCGCAGCCUGCACCGCUUCCUUGUAGUUUGCGGAGCGGGGAUCAGUAACUUUUUAUUGUCCUGUGUGUGGUGCUGCUGCCUCUACGCCAGAGCGAUCGUCCCAUCAUCACCAUGCGCGGCAGACCACAGAGCCUAUAACUCAGGAGGCCACUGCUCCAUCACUAACAUGGAGGCAAAGAAAGCAUCAGGAAGAAGACUGCGGACCAUCAGCCGGACCCAGUACGCGGAGAGCGACGAUCUGUCUGACGUGGACGACAUGGUCAGCAUCCGCGGCUUCAGCCUGGAGCAGAAGCUCAGCUGCAACCACUACCGGGGGGACUACGUGCAGGACAUGGACGGCAAAGAUUUUACAUAUGAAUAUGUUCAGAGAGAAGCACUUAAAGUUCCAAUUCUUUUUCGCACUAAGGAUGGAUUGGGUAUUAAGAUGCCUGAACACGAUUUCACUGUCAGAGAUGUGAAACUACUGGUGGGAAGCCGGCGCAUAGUGGAUGUGAUGGAUGUGAACACACAAAAGGCCACAGACAUGAGUAUGUCACAGUUUGUCCGAUACUACGAAACACCUGAAACUGAAAGGGAAAAACUAUACAAUGUGAUCAGCCUGGAGUUCAGCCACACCAAGCUAGAAAAAGUAGUCAAGCGGCCAACUGUGGUGGAUGCUGUAGAUUGGGUGGAUAAUAUGUGGCCUCAGCAUUUAAAAGAAAAGCAAAAAUAUACAACAAAUGUGAUUUCUGAGAUGAAAUAUCCCAAAGUGAAAAAGUAUUGUUUGAUGAGCGUCAAGGGCUGUUUCACAGACUUUCAUAUUGAUUUUGGAGGGACGUCUGUUUGGUACCAUGUUUUACGCGGUGGAAAGGUAUUUUGGUUGAUUCCUCCUACGGUGUAUAAUUUGCAGCUUUAUGAGGAAUGGCUGUUAUCAGGGAAGCAAACUGACAUCUUCUUGGGAGACCGAUCACAGGGUUGUCAGAGGAUUGAACUGAAGCAGGGACACACCUUCUUUAUUCCAUCAGGAUGGAUCCAUGCCGUGUACACUCCUGCAGACUCGCUGGUGUUCGGAGGCAACAUACUGCACAGCUUUAAUAUUCCCAUGCAACUCCGUGUGUCUGAGAUAGAAGACAGGACAAGGGUGCAUGCAAAGUUCCGUUAUCCCUUCUAUUAUGAGAUGUGCUGGUAUGUCUUGGAGAGAUAUGUCUGCACCUUAACAAAGCGCUGUCACCUUAGCAAAGAAUUUCAAAAGGAGUCAAUGCUAUUUGAUUCAGAAAGGAAACACAGUACAGACAGCUUAUCCUCAGAUUCUUGGUUAGAAAUGGAGGAAGAGUCAGGUGACGCCCAUAUGCUUGAAGACAAAGAUGACCAUGGAGACAAAGUAUCUAAAUUAUCAGGUGAUGAGUCCUUAACGCCCAAUAGUGCAGAUGGCAAAGAAUCAGUGGAAAAGAGACAAAAGACUACUUUGAUGCAAUACCUUAAAAGAACCUUGUCAAAUGACUCAGAGGAAAGCUCAAAGUCCAUUGUCCACAGUGAUUUCCCGAAGACUCCAUCAGGAUCUCCAUCCAUAGAGGCAGGUUCUAGGUGGACACACCUCACAGAGUUUGAACUAAAAGGUCUAAAAGCUCUUGUGGAAAAACUAGAAUCUCUCCCUGAAAACAAGAAAUGUGUCCCAGAUGGAAUUGAGAAUCCACAUGCACUUUUGGAGGAUAUGAAGACUGUGCUCAAGGAGCAUGCAGAUGAUGACCAAAAUCUAGCCAUUUCUGGGGUACCUGUGGUGUCCUGGCCUAAGAAGCCAGCCAAGAACCGAGCUGUGGGAAGACCAAAAGGUAAACUGUCUACUUCUCCUGCCGUGAAAUUGUCUGCGAACAGGACAAGCGCUGGAGCCCGCAGAAGACGGACACGAUGCCGGAAAUGUGAAGCCUGCCUACGCACAGAAUGUGGAGAAUGUCACUUUUGCAAGGACAUGAAGAAGUUUGGGGGACCAGGACGAAUGAAACAGUCAUGUAUCAUGCGGCAAUGUAUAGCUCCCGUCCUGCCUCAUACAGCCGUCUGUUUAGUGUGUGGAGAAGCAGGAAAGGAGGACUGUGUGGAAGGCCAAGAAGCAAAAUUUAACGUCAUGCUGAUGGAAUGCUCCAUCUGUAAUGAAAUCAUCCACCCAGGUUGCCUGAAGAGUAAGGAAUCUGAUGGUGUGGUGAAUGAUGAGCUUCCAAACUGCUGGGAAUGUCCAAAAUGUAACCAUGCUGGAAAGACCGGGAAAGCCUACAAGCAAAAAAGAGGUCCAGGAUUUAAAUACGCGUCCAACCUGCCUGGGUCUCUGCUUAAGGAGCAAAAGAUGAAUAGGGAUAAUAAAGAAUUAACAGAACUGGUAAAAAAGAAAGAACGGGAAGAGACCCCCAGGCAGACCCCGGAGGAGCCACCGAAAAAGAAAAUUCUGGAAGGCAUUGUAAAACGUCGUCCAGAAGAUGGAGUUUUUAAGAGGAAAAGACCCCUCGAAAAGAAUCUGGAUCCCACAGUGAAGAAACGGCUAAAACAUGGAAAAGAAGAGAAACUCUUCAAGAAGAAGAAGAGACCUUGGAAGACACCUGAAGCAAUUAUGGCCAAAACAUUAAAGCGCAUAAAACAGGAGCCUGAUGAUGAUUUGCAAGAGGCAGUCCCAAAACUUAAGGAAAGUGACCAGUCAAGAUCCAGCUCGCCAACUGCAGGUCCCAGCACUGAAGGUCCUGAGCUAAAGGAGAAGAAGAAAAAUCGAAGGAAAAGGAAAGUUCCUAAAGAACUCAGCAAAGAAUUAAGCAAGGAACUCAACCAAGAGAUACAAAAAACAGAAAACAGCUUGGCAAAUGAGAACCAUCAUCCCAUCAAAUCUGAACCAGAGAGUGAGGACGAGGAGCCCAGAAAAUGUAACAGUAAUGGGGAGAGAGUGCACCGAUUCACCAAACUGAAUGGGACCCCAAAGGAAUACAGGCAUCAGUCUGUCCCAAGCCCAAGAAGCACACCAAGGGUCGUUACACACCCUCCCCCUUCCUUAUCGCCUCCCAAAUGUAUGCAGAUGGAGCGCCAUGUAAUAAGGCCUCCUCCAAUCAGCCCUCCUCCAGAUUCCCUCCCUCUGGAGAAUGGUGCGACGCAUGUGAUGCAAAGAGAGGUCUGGAUGGCCAUCUUUAGCUACCUCAGCCACAGGGAUUUGUGCAUCUGUAUGACAGUCUGCAAAACGUGGAACAGAUGGUGUUGUGAUAAAAGAUUGUGGACUCACAUUGACCUAAACCGCUGCAAAUCCAUCACUCCUCUUAUGCUCAGUGGGAUUAUUAGAAGACAACCAGUGUCCUUAGAUUUAAGCUGGACAAAUAUAUCAAAGAAGCAGCUCAGCUGGCUGAUGAACCGGCUCCCAGCCCUACGAGAGCUAAAUUUAUCUGGCUGCUCCUGGAUUGCUGUUUCGGCACUUUGUAGCUCCAGCUGUCCUUUGCUGAGAUCCCUCAAUGUCCAGUGGGUGGAAGGGCUAAAAGAUGCACAGAUGAGGGACCUUCUGUCACCUCCAACAGACAACAGGCCAGGUCAGAUGGACAAUCGCAGCAAAUUGAGGAAUAUUACUGAGCUUCGUCUAGCAGGACUGGACAUCACUGACGCUUCUCUACGCCUCAUGAUUCGUCACAUGCCUCUUCUUUCUAAACUGGAUCUGAGCUUCUGUAACCAUGUUACUGAUCAGUCCAUUAAUCUGCUCACAGCAGUGGGUACAUCUACCAGGGAUUCUUUAUCAGAAAUAAAUUUAUCAGACUGCAAUAAAAUUACAGACCAGUGCCUGACCUACUUCAAACGAUGCGGCAACAUCUCUCUGAUAGACCUCAGAUUCUGCAAGCAGGUUACAAAGGAGAGCUGCGAACAGUUCAUAGCAGAAAUGUCUGUAAUUGUACAGUUUGGACAAACAGAGGAAAAGCUGCUUCAAAAGAUCAGCUAAUUGAAAAAUGUCAGUGACUUCAUUGAAAGCUGCACCUGAAAGACAAUAUUGGCCUUAAAAGUAGAGGUUAGAGGUUGACCGACCUCCUUUCUAUCGAGACUUCCUCCAGCACCACAUACACCAGCUGUUAAGGGUUGACACUGGAAAAAAAGUUUGACCUUUCAAGGACACUUUUUGAAAAAUCCAAGGGCAUGCACUUGGUAACGUUUAUUGUAUUGGCUCUAAAACUGUUCAAUUUCUGAGCUUUGCGUGUGUCUUUAAAAGUGGACCACCCAGAACAUAGAAGCCUUCCAAAAUCUGAUUAAAAGAUAAUUUGUCAUACGUUAUGCAGAAAUAUUUUUGUAUAUGACUAUUUGAAAGUUCUAUUUACAAUGUAUGACGCCAGUGUUAAUUUUUGGGGUGUUUCUUGCUUAGAGGUGAACUGCUAUCUUUCCAUGUACAGUUAAUGAAGGCAGUGAAGCCAACAUUACUUGUGACCACUUCUAAAGCAUGUUUAAAUUCGCUUUUUACAUGAAACAUAUGCAUGCUGAGCAGACCUAUAUGUUUAUUCAUUUAUGACACAGAUCCUUUCUGCACAUGAAGAUCCAGCAUAGCAUGAAGUUUUGUGGCCUGUUGAACAAAUCUACAGUGACGCAGGGCAAACUGAUCAGGCAAUCUCCACUAUUGUGCCACUGGACAAUUUUGUCCAAAGCUUUGGGUCCGACUAUAACAUACUACUAGCCUUCAGAAGUGCCAUUGUUGUAAGGUGUUUUUUUUUUUUUUCCUUUUUGUAGAAUGCCCUCAAGCAGUUUUAUCUAGAGUUUGUGUUAAUUGUUCACAGGACAAAAUGUUUACCACCGUUUACUGGCUACAGAUUGUUAAAGUUAAAGAGCCAGAUCAGGUACAAAGAAGAACUUGGGUCUCUUCAAACACCACUUGUAUAUCUCCUUUUGUUAAAAAAAAAAAAAAAAAAAAAAAAGGAUGCCCCUUGCACUGGAAAUUUAAGAAUGGGGUUAUCACUGUAUAGGAGA